CACCCACGACUAUCAUCAAGCUUAGUUCAUUUACAUGCUAGUCGGAGAGCGGUCUCGAACAGUCACACAUUAUAUUGACCACUAGUAAGUAUCACGCAACGUGGUCCCCGCGCCGAAAAUUUUCGAAUUAUUUUGAGAGAAAAAAAUGCUUUCCAUAUUAAUAAUUAGUGCAUUAUUUAGCGCAGCCAAAUGCGCAAGCUACCAACGAGACGACAGUAGUUAUUCAACUUAUUCGACCGCCUCCAAUUUAUACGACGAAUAUGGACAGAGAAAUUUAAAUUUGGGAGAUGACAUAGCGGGGGUGCCGGGUGGUACCAGGUACCCUAAUUCUUACCUAGACUCCUCCUCUUCCGGUUACAACGGUGUACUCCAAGGGCCGAACAAUCAUUUGUACCCCGGGUACAGCACCCCGCGGUAUGCACCAGGCUAUGAUAAUUACGGUCAAAGCUACGGUCAAAACUAUGGGCCAAGUUACGGACAAAACUACGGGCAAAACUACGGUCAAGGCUACGGACAGAGCUAUGGACAGCAAGGAUUCAGUUCCUAUGAGUUUCCAUUUGUAAGGAACAAUAGAGAUUAUUGCAUAAAUAGAGCGCCACAGACCGGCAUCUGGGUGGAGCGUCUGAUGGGAAUGUGGUACGGCGUAGAGCUAGUCCAGCACCUGGCCGGGGACACCCGGGUGGACUACGGGAGGACUUGUAUUGUCAUACACAUUUCGGAGCCUAAAGACAGGAUCCAUUCACAUAGGCAGCUGCAUCACGUGGAGGCGCUGAACGCGCAGUUCCGCCAGAUGUACCGGCACCUGCGGCUCGUGUGGGACGAGGAGGGGCAGACCGUGGAGUACGCGCUCUACUUCAACAACAAUUCCGCUGGCUACUGGCAGGCCUUCGGGGGCCAAAAUGGUUCAUUGAGCCAGCGCAGCACAUACCGUCAGUUCACGGGUACUGUCCAAGUACUGAAGGCAGUAAACGACCACUUGGUCUUAAACUUUUGUCAAGAGGGCACGAACGGGCAGUCGGCCGAGCUGUACUCUGUGCUGUUCACGCGCGACCCGCUCAGCAUGACUCGCUGGGAGGUGGAGUCGGUGCACAGCCUCCUCCAGAACAAGAACUUGUCGGUAGCCUCCAGGAGGAUGGUCUGCGGCAACGGCGCUGAAGCGCCCGCCUACAGCGUCCUGCUCUCGUUCUUCACCUGCUUAUUUGCGUACAUUGUCUGUUCGUCGUAACGUAACGGAUGUGGUAGUCAUAUCAAACUUAAGAAUUUUAUGUAUUUAUUCUAUAUACCUUCAUAUGAUAUAUUAACAAACAUCCUUUAGGCUCAAAAAAGGGUUUGUCAAAAACUCCGAUUACAUACAUAAUAUAUUUCUA